CCUUUUUGGCGGAGACGAUCAUCAUGACCUCUGGCCAGCCAGUGCUGGUAUCGUAUUCUGGCUCGCCAUUCUUUCUUGCUUCUCCGAGCUGGACUAAGAUACAGCAUGCCUUUAACACCCAGCUUCCUCUACGAAAUAUCCAUUGGAAGUCUUCCUCAAGGACGUCACUCCGAACUAUACAAGAACUCAACGUAACUCUUAUAAAUCUCGAUUCGAUUCGCGACGAGCACACCUCCCAAGUACCUGUCAGCUUGCUCGAAAAGCCGCUCCUGAAUAUAUACGUCGUAAACUGUGAGGACGCCGAUCUUGAAUCAUACAGAAAUACUGUAAAGAAGCAGGUCAAGGAUUGGCACGCCUCCGUCACCUCACGGAGGAACCAAGAGUGGCUGAUCCUCCAAAUUGUCAAACCCGACGCGAAGGUGCCAACAGGAUCUUUCCUGAAAUUGAAGGGCUGCGUUCUAGACAAGCUGAGAGCUGAUUUUAACGCAGACAAACGGGAUAGAUGUGUCCAAGUAUCUUGGUCAAGUACACAAGACAGCCCUAUCGCAUGGGGAGAGUUUCUCAAUAAACUCAAAGAGGGCAUCUCCUCUGCAUUUGACACCGCCGUGUUGCAGAAAGAAGACGACAUCAAGCGAUCUGAGGGCCAACGUCUGAUGCCCGGGUGGAACUUCUGUACCUUCUUCAUACUCAAGGAAAGUCUCGCCAGUUCCUUUGAAGGGAUGAAUCUGGUCUCCGAGGCACUAUUGCAGUACGACGAGCUCGAAGCCUCGUUCUACCAGGUUCUGAGAGAGAAGAAUCUAUCAUGGUUCGGAACCCUGAUCACGCCAGGACUCAAAGAUGAUUCGAGUCCUCUUUUGUCUAUCUCCAAGAAACCAUAUCGCGAUCUCAUCCUUGCUAACACGAUAUCUGUCUUUGACUUUCGAACCUACCUCCUUACUCGUCAAUGUGAAUUACUAGCCAAGUACGGGCAUCUUCCUGAAGUCUAUCGAAAAGUGGGAGCGUUUCUUGGCGCGUUUGGCCGACGGUUGAAAGAGAUUGAGGAAACUCUCCCGCUACAUUUUGUGGAGUCUUGGAUCUAUUCGUCUGCCUUGAGCGUUGUGGAGAAGUGUGAUGUUUGGCAGUCCGGCUUAAAAGUCGACACAAAGGAGCUUGCCCAAUUUUAUGCCGGUAAAGGCGAGCUUCUUGAACUUGCACGAAGUCAAUUGGACAUACUUGGCAUGAAGACCCAGCACCUACCUUGUCGUCCACCUUUUUCUGGGGUAUCUGACGCAUCAGUAAAGUUAACCGAGACAUCGUCACUGCUGAAGAUCAGCAAUGAACAUUUACUGAAGGCCCUAGAAGACAAGGAAGCCUUUUACGACCUCUACAUCAAUAUCACGAAUCGCGCCAUCGACAUGUACGCCAAAGCAGGUCGACGAAAGUUUGCCCUCAAAUUGCACGGAAGUCUCGCUGCCCUUGACGUCCAUCGCGGACGACUAUCUACAGCAUUAACAACGUACACCUCCCUACCCGCGCAUUACGCGCCACAUAAAUGGACGUCACUGCAAUCUCUGAUGCUCUCGCGUGCUUUAGAUAUCCACGAAUCUCUGGAGAAGCCCAAAGACAGAGAAUGGAUACAUAUCCUUCUUUCCUUCCUUUCUACAUACGUCGAAAAUGGUGCCGAGCUGCUGCUGUGUGAGCAGGACGCGCUUGUGUACGUUCGUCGACUCGUCGGGGAGCUGAAGAGUGCCGCGCCUGAGCUUGACCAAGAUCUUGUGCAUACAGACUUUGCAGCGAUUACUGUUCAUAUACCUUCAGAUGCGCGGCCGGCCUCGGAUAGAGACGGGUACGUUUUGGACGCGGUACUGCAAAAUCAUCUGCCUUGCGACCUGCCGAUUGACGAAGUCUGUGCUGUUCUAUCCGGGGCGGACGCAUGCCGACUCAAGUUUACUGUCCCAUGCGAAUCAUUACAACCAGGGAAAACGACUGUGACUCUUUUCUGUCCGACGCCGCUCUCUGGGACGUAUCUCCUGGAUACGAGCGAAGUAAAAUUAUCCCGACUGGUCUUCCAACAAACCCAUCGGAAACCAACGAAAUCUUCGAAAACCGCCAAGGACAAGGUCACCCUUGUACGCCUCCCUCGAGACCCCCUAGCGAUGAAUGUUCGGGUUAGCCUACCAAGACUGAUCCUUCUCGGGAGUCCAUCCAUAGUAAUCAACGUGCUCACAGGGCGAAAUGAAAUCGUCUCGAUGACGAUCCGUUUGUCGUCUCCAUCUGCGACGUUCCAGUGCCAGAAUGCCUCGUUGGAAGAAUCAAGUGUCAGGGAAAUGACAGGUGGUGGGGAUGACGGGGUUAUUAUGCUUUCAGGGAUAGGGAGGGAUGAGAGUGUUUCCGUUUGUGUGCCUCAUUCCGAGGUAUCAGGGGCGUAUGGCAUGAAAGUCCACCUCGAGGUCGAGUACGUUACAAGAGCGGAACCGACGAUCAGCCGGGUCAUCUCCGUGGUGAGGAGCGUCCAGGUAACGCACCCCAUCGCCGUUAACGUUGAGGAUUUCUUUCGGGGGACACGGCUUUUCACGAAAUUCACCAUCUCGACGGCGAGCCAUCAACAUGUGCGUAUCGCGCGAGUCGAAUUGGACCCGGAAGAUUCGGGUGUAAAGGUGAUCUCGUCGACGUGUGGGAGAUCCCGAGUCAUUACCGUUACGCCUGGACAGCCUGCGCAUUUUUUGUUCUGUAUUGAUGGUAGUGAUGGCCCUGUUCGGGAAUCGAUGAGGCUGCGCGUCAGGUUUCGGAUGUUGCGGGAGGAGGUGGAAAAGGUGAUUGAGGCGGCGGCGGGUGAUCCUGUGGUUGUUGACCGGGUGGUGCGCGCUCUGGAGAGAGAUGGUGGGUGGGUAGAGCGGUAUAGUUUGACGGGGGAGCUCCACGUCCCUGAAGGAGAGGAAAUUGGAAGCCAGUUGAGAGAGGAUCUGAGUCAGCCCAGAGUACUUGGGCCUGAAUUGGGUUCUUGGCGGGAGAUGCAUAUACCGGUUGAUGUGCCGUCGAUGAAUAUUGUUGCUGCAGUGAGUAUCAAGCUUUCUCCGCAGUCAUGCUGGUACGCUGGGCAGCCUAUUCCUGCGGUGUUGUCGAUCCAGACGUCGUUCCACUGGGACGCGAGUGGAGAGAAGGAACGAGAGUACAGGAUGCGAUACGACGUAGAGGAGAUGGUACGAGACUGGCUGGUGAGCGGUCGGAAACGGGGUGAUUUCAGUGCUUCUCAUAACGGGACAUACUCUGUGGGAAUAACGAUGAUCGCACUGCACCAUGGGGAGCUGAUGUUGCCAAAAGUGUCUAUCUGGGCUGAAGGAGUGGCGAGCACGGAGACGCAUCAGAUAAAUGGAGCAGAAAAGGUGUUGGUAGAGCCUCGGGGUGGGCGUACGACGUUUAUUACUGAGAUGUGUUGA